UGUUUGUCGCUUAUUUUUCCUGAGCCUGUCAAGUUACUGACUGUAAAAUUUGAACAGGUGUCUGUACUGCGAGGUGAUAUGACAUCGAUUAGUUUAGAAAUCGAGGAUGUUACUCGUACAAUUCAGAUGAUGGAUUAACAGGAUGGAAGUGAAUCAGGACGAACAGAACACUGGAGUGUGCUACUUGCUAGGCGUGAACUAUGCAAGGGAGCUUGAAAAGAGUAAAAGCAUGGAGCAAAUUGAGCCUUGCCAGCCUGUUGUUUCUCCCCCUCCUAGUGCGAUUGCAGGUUGGAUGUCAACUGCUAACCAGUCUAUGCCUCAUGCCGUUGUUGCUGCAGCUCCUCAUGGCCUUGUUCAGGUAAAUUGUGAGGCCAAUAUUCUUAUUGUGCUUAUUUGUGGAAAAAUUCUGCAGUUGCUUACAUCUGAGGAAGGGACAAAACUUCAGCUAGAAAUAGCCGUAUCAGCUUCUGAUAUUAAAGAAAAGUACAAGGACGAAUGCAAACGAGUGUCAAAAGAGGAACAAGUUUUGAGAUUAGAUUUGUCAAAUAAGUUUCAAGAUGUUUUCUGAUAUAUUGUAAAGCUCCUGCCCAGUUACGAGUAUUUUGUGAUCUGGAGAUAAUGUAUGAAUAUUUUGGAUGUUAUAUAAUAUAUGUUACCGAUGUCAAUGUCA